CACAGGAACAGGAAAUGCUGUGACCUCCAUGGGUACUGCCUUUGUGAGCUCAGCACCGAACACUGGCUCUCGAAGUGACAGCAUGGCCAUGAGAUGGGCACAGGACAAGGAAGGCUCUGAAAUGCAGUCGGCUGGCAAGCAGGAUAAUGGUGCAGAAGAACAUCACCGACAGCUCCGAGCUGCCGGCUCUGUGGCUGUUAGAGCUUUAUGAGCUGUUUAAGUUUGGCACAAUAAUCAUGUAUUCCUUUGGAAUAAGAAGAAAUGAAGUAUUUUAAAAGCUGAAGAGCUUGCUGGUGAGAGCCUUCUUGGCCUAGCCCUGCUUCCUUCCAGUGUGCACAGCAGGGCUGUGAUUGGCAUUUCCAUUCCUGUGGCUCUUGACCCACGCCCACCCCAGGCAUGGUAUGAGCAGGACUAAAUGGAAAAACUAGAUAUCUUCCAUGCUAAAGAAAUCCAGAAGAUGCUGCUGGAUCAGUCCGAGAAGGCAGAGGUGGAGGAAACACUCAAGAGACUUCAGAGCCAGAAAGGAGUGCAGGGAAUCAUCGUGGUGAACACGGAAGGCAUUCCCAUCAAGAGCACCAUGGAUAAUGCCACUACUACACAAUGUGCCAACCUCAUGUACAACUUCAUCUUGAAGGCAUGGAGCACUGUGAGUGAAAUUGACCCCCAGAAUGAUCUAACCUUCCUUCAAAUUCGCUUCAAGAAAAAUGAAAUUAUGGUUGCACCAGAUAAAGACUAUUUCCCGAUUGUGAUUCAGAAUCCAACUGAAUAACUGAAUUAAGCCACUGUCUUGGCUUUCUGUUUCAUUCCUUAAUUUAACAUCCCC